UCCUACCCCAAAACCACCCAAUCCCACCCCAAUCUCCCCCCACAUCUGCCCACUCCCACCCCAAAACCACCCAAUCCCACCUCAUUCCUCCCUCCCCAAUUUCACCCCCAGUUCCUCCCCAAUCCCACCCCAAAUCACCCUGUUUCUGCCAACAUCCCACCCAACCCCUCCUCAAUUUUGACCCAUCCCCUUCUCUCCACCCUUUCCAGGAGCUGCUCCGGGACCAUCACCUGGUGGACCCCCCCCUCAACGACCCCCAGACCCCCACCCAACGCCGGGAGCACCGCGCUCUGCGCCGUCUCUACCGCUGCCAAGGCGGCACCGCGCCGCGACCCCCGCAAAGUGCUGCGGCUGCACCACGGCGCUGCCACGUCCUCAGGGGGGGAGGAGGACGAGGAGGGAGAGGGGGGGUCCAGGGAGCACAGUGUGGACCUCCAGGACGUGAAGUUCCAGCUGCGGCACGACGUGGCAGAGCUGCAGGCUGCAUCCAGCUCCAUCCUGAGCACAUCCCAGCUCUCCCUGCUCAAAGUGGUGCUGUGCCGGGGGCUGUACCCACAGCUCGCCAUCCCCGACCCCCUCAACGACAGCCGCAAGGAUUCCGACCAGAUUUUUCACACCAAGAGCAAGCAGGGCGUCGUGCUCCACCCCACCUGCGUCUUCGCCACCAGCCCUGAGCUGCUGCACAGCCGGGAGCGGACGGAGCGUGGCAACGAAGAGGACGGGCUGAGCUGCCACCACCAGCUCCUUGCCUUUGUCUCAUUGCUGGAGACCACCAAGCCCUACCUGGUCAACUGCAUCCGCGUCCCCGCGCUGCAGACCCUCCUGCUCUUCUCCCACUCUCUGGACACCAACGCAGACUGCACACUGCUGGUUGCAGACCAAUGGUUGGAGCUGCUCCUCCCAGACCCCGACUCAGCUCUGCGGCUCCUGGGGACGGCGCUGCGGCUCCGCGCCGCCUGGGAGCUUCUCCUGGAUCAGCACUUGGGGGGCAGCAGUGGGGCAGAGCCCAGGGAGGGGGAUGCGACCAAGCUGAGACGGGGGCUGCUGGAAUUCCUGCAGGAGAAGGUUCCGUACCGCCUGCGCCAGCUGACAGCCCUGCAGCAACGCUCGCUUUACGUCGGACCCCAAACGGUGACCGCGACCCCGCAGCUCCCGGGGCUUUUCCAAGGGAUGGAGAUGAAACCCCACGAAACGAAGGGCGGUCACCGCGUCACCCAGUUCCUCACCUACAACUGCCUGGCGACGGAUGCAGACCUUUACAAUGAGUGUCUCCGGAGCUUCUGGACGUGUCCCCACUGUGGGCUCCAUGCGCCCUUCACCCCCAUGGAGCGAGUCUGCCACGAGAACGCGUGUCGGCCGCCGGACGCCCCCCCAGAAGAGGAAGCCCAGAGCUGCCCCCAGACCUCAGCCCUACAGCGGCCGUACCGCUGCGAUGUGUGCCAGCAGGAUUUCACCUUCACCCCCACUGAGAUCCUCCGGCACCGGCGGCAGCACCGCUGAUGGGAGGAACCCUAAAAAGGAUUUGGGACAUCCUCUCUGGUAGAUGAAGACUGGAUCGCGUUCGUUAUCGCCGUGCUCGUUAUCAGCCCACGCCACGGGUCGUUAGCGUGGCGUGGGGGGGCUGCGCUGCUAAUUAAACUCAUUAGCUGCUAAUUUGUAGCUCUGCAGCCGGAAGAAUCCUCAUCACUGAACGACGUCGUGACGAUUUUGGGUAACGAUCCGCUGCGAGAACAGAACGCAUUGGGGUUUUAAUUAGUAUCGUUUUGGCUUAAUUAUGCAAAAUUAAGCUUUGCUGGCUGCAGAAUGGGGGAAAAACGGGGAAAUUUGGUUUUUUUUCCUUUAAAAAUAGAUUUAUUUAUUUUUUU